AUGAUUGUUGUGAUGAUGGUCAUGAUGAUGGAAAGGUAAAUAGAAAGGGAAAAAGUGAGAGUGAAAAUAGUCAGUCUCAAUGAGUUUAUUUUCAUUUGAGACGAAGUGAAGAGAAAUAGAAAGGGAAGCAAGUUUAUCUUUCUUCCAUCGUCUUCUUUCAACUGUACUUCUCACUUUCGUUUACCAGUUUCUUUCCUCUUCUCUCUCUCUCUCUCUCUCUCUCUCUCUUUCUCUCUCUUUCUCUCAUUUUCAUCCUCAUCCUUGCUCUCAACAUUUACAUCAACAUCAAAAAAUAUCAUCUUCAUCCUCAUCCUCAUCAUCAUGAUCAUUUUGUGAAGUUUUAUUUUUCAUCGCCAUCUCCUCAAUGGAAGCUGUUGAUGAGUAUUCUUAUGGCCAAUUUUACAUUUCAAAUGGUUUUAUCCCACGAAUCUCAUCAUUUUCAUUAUUUUCUAGAUCAAUCUUCACAUUUAACAACAAUAUGAUCUCUCUUUCAGUCAAUUAAACUCAACCAACGGAUGUUAAUUAUCAACAUCAGUGAUACUUGUGUACUUCAGUGUUUGUGUGUUUAUUUUCAACCAAAUUCAUGUACCUUACAAAACGGAUAAAACACUUUGAUUAUGUAGCCUCAAAAAUAACUGUGUAAACCUGGUUAGACAAAAAUUAAUCUCAACAACUGUUCCAUGUUUAACCGUUCAUCAAUGCUCUUUCACUGAUGGAAUAAUUGAAAAAUUGAUUUGCGGCUUGGGAAAAUAAAGAAGCAGUUUGUUUAUUUACAAAUAAAAGCCAACACCAUAUACAUAUAAUGGAUCGACAAUUUAAUUUUAAUCUAGUGAAUUGAUUUUGGUUCAGGUGUUUAAUAUUUGUGUAAAAUUAAAGCACAAAUAUCAUAUAACACACCAAAAAAAGAAAGAUACAUGAUACAAAGGUUUUACAAACAUCAACCACCAUUAUGAUAAAACCCUUUACCCAUUGGAUUACUUUAAUUAUUGUCUACUUCAUUUUUCCUGAAAAAACAGGAUCCACAAGCCAACCUGAGCCUGAGCGAGUAACCGCCAAUGUCGGUGAAAAUGUGAUUUUAAACUGUGCCUUCGAUUAUCCAGAAGGAAUACCCGUUUCAUAUGUUAUCCAAUGGCAAAAAUUAGGAAUUGACCUUCCAAUUUAUAUCUGGUAUGAUGGUUAUCCUCCUCACACUGGAACUGGUUAUGAAGGUAGAGCUUCCCUUUCCGGUCAAGCAUCGCUCAAUUUAACUAAAGUUAAUGAAGAAGACCAAGGCUGGUAUGAGUGUAAAGUAUUCUUCCUCAAUCGACCCCCAACCUUACCCAAGAAUGGUUCUUGGGUUCAUCUUGAUGUUCAUGCUCCACCGCAUUUCAAAGUUAAACCUCCUGAUGUGGUUUACGUGAAGGUUGGUGAGUUUUUAUCACUGCCCUGUGAAGCUGCUGGAACUCCUGCUCCAACGCUUAUCUGGUAUAAGGACAAUUCACCUUUAGAAGCAAGCUCAUCUAUUGAAAUAUUAGCUAAUGAACUUCGAAUCUCAAGUUUAAAGCAAAGUGACAUUGGUGAUUAUUUAUGCAUGGCUAGGAACCGUGAAGGAUCAGUGACGACCACGGCCAAAGUAAUUGUCGCUGGAUCCGCUGUGAUUACUGUGCCACCUCGAAAUUUAACCAAAUUAGAAGGUGAUAAGGCGGAAUUUACCUGUGAAGCCAAAGCCUUACCUUCCAAUGUAACUUAUCAAUGGUUUCACAACAAUGUUGAUAUUAGUGAAUUGUCUUGGUUGGAUACAAGGACAAUAAUUAAGCGUGAUGGAACUCUAUUGAUUAAUCCAACUUCAGCCGAAGAUUCAGGUCAAUACACAUGUAAAGUGUUUAACGGUAUUGGAUCGCCUGAAACUGCAUUUGCCUAUUUAACCGUCGAGUAUCCCGCUCGAGUGACCUAUUCACCAACCAUUCAAUACCUUCCUUUAGGCCUCUCUGGUAUAGUUAGAUGUUUUGUCCAAGCCAAUCCUCCCUUUCAGUUCAUCACUUGGACCAAAGAUCGACGUCCAUUUGAACCCAACAAUUUACCCGGUGUUGUCUCAUUGAACAAUGGAUCGCUUUUGUUCCAAAGAGUUACCAAUGAACAUCAGGGUCGCUAUCGUUGUACACCUUAUAACAUUCAUGGAACAGCUGGAACGUCCAAUGUUAUGGAAGUUCUUGUUCGAGAACCUCCAUUAUUCACAUUGAAACCCAAGGAAGCUUAUCAACAAUCAGUAAACAGUGAAGUUAAAAUGCCUUGUGAAGGAGUUGGUCAACCCAAGCCAACAAUUAGUUGGCGAAAGGCUGAUGGCUCCAAGUUACCCAAGGAAAGAGCCUUCAUCAGAGGAGGAAAUUUAACGCUCAAAUCAAUAAAAAAGGAAGAUCAUGGACGAUAUGAAUGUGUCCUCGAGAAUGAAAUAGCCACUUUGGUAACCUCAUCCUUACUCAAUGUUGACAGUACAACACCUCAUGCACCAACAAAUGUAUCCGUCAAUACAAGUGCCUUUGCAGCUACAAUUACAUGGCAACCAUCGUAUGAUGGUGGAUAUGAGCAAACUUACGUGAUAUGGUAUCGAAUGGUUGACACUGGUGAUACCAAUUGGAAAACUAUCCGAGUUUAUCCUGAAGGCUCAACAACUUUUACAUUAUAUUAUCUUCAACCAGAUACUGAAUAUGAAUUUCAAGUUUACUCGAGAAACAUUCUCGGUGAAGGUUUACCUUCAUUGGUUGUCAAAGCCAAAACCAAAGUUCUGGACGUUACCAAUAGCCAAGGAAUGCCGACCGAUGGUUAUGGGUCAACUUAUAUUCCUUCAGUGUUCAAAUCGACCGAAGCAAGUGAUAUUCAAAACUCUUUGGCUUCCAAUGAGAAGGACAUGAAAUCAUCUGCUGAACCUCCAACUGAACCUUCAACAGGACCCAAGCCAGGUCCACCUCGGAAUGUGACUGUUACUCGAGUUGCUCAAGGACAUGCUAUUUCAUGGCUAUCGCCGGCCAAUAAAACAGUUCCAGUCGCUUAUUAUUAUAUUGAAUAUAAAAUUGGCUCCGGAUCAGGAGCAGGAGCUUGGAAGAUAUGGGGACCCAUUGCCAAGGAAACUUCUUAUUUAGUUAAAACUUUUAAACCUGGUGAUGUCUAUACAAUUCGAGUCUUUGCUCACUCAAUUCUUGGUGCUGGUCAACCAAGUGAAGAGAUUCGUUAUGAAGUUCCAGGGGGAAACUUUAGACACUCAAAGGAUAAAGCAAUUGCUGCUGGAGUUGUUGGAGGAAUCCUCUUCUUUAUCGCUGCCAUAGUAUUAUCAGUUUGUACAGUUAAGAUAUGUAAUGAACGGAAAAGACGCAAAGCAGAAAAAGCCUAUUUAAUGGUAACCUGUCCAAUAAUGAAUGUAGCCAAUGGUCAAAGCUCACAAGCUGGAAGUCCAAUGCCUCUUAAGUCAUAUGAGGAAAGCCGAGUACCAAGUUUAGUUAAUAGCUCCAUAAGUGCCAUACUUCAAAAAAAUUUUGGAAAUCCUUCUUCUUCUUCAGAGAUUGUUUUACAACGGUUUUCAACUCCAACCACAGCUACACUUUCCUUCAAUGGAUUACCUUAUUAUUUUGGUCUCAAUUCAUCCAAGCCUAAGAUAAUUGUUUAAAGAAAUGGUGGAAUUUAUGUACAUAAGAUCUAGUAUUGUUAACCAACAAUUUAACACCUGAUUAGGAGCAAUAACGAUUUAUAAUGUUAAUCAGAUGAUCUUGAACGAAUAACAAUCAAACCAAAUGGUAGUUAACAAAAAAUAUUAGCAACCAAGACUCAUGGCUCAAAUAGAUCCAGUGGAAAGAAACCAGAACUAACCUAACCGUUUAUCACCAGGAUCGAUGAUAUCGGGUUGGACCAGAGUUUUUAACCAAUUAAAACACUUCUGCAAACAAUGAAGGGAAAACUGGAAAGGAAAAUGAUUAACAAGUUUAACAAAAAGCCGGGCUUACAAAGAAAAUAACACUUUCAUGAUUAACAAGUUGAAAAUCUAGAAGAGUCUAUGUGGAAACAAAGGAAUCUGUAAAGUGACAUCAGAGGACAAAUGAUUGAUUUUUGCUGCGAUUAAGUAACUGACAUUGCCUUUUCUAAAUUAUUUGGUGAAACAUUUUGGCCAAUGUCAACUUGGAGUUAAUAGUUGAACUCAAUUUAUAUUGAUAGCAAUAAUUAUGGUGAUGAUUAGCCCAGCCAAUUUGGGAGCAAUCAGAAAACAAUCAAGACAAUCUCCGAUUACAAAAGUUGACUUAUAUAAAGCCUUGGCAUAGUUGAUUAAUUACUGCUGCUCACCGGAAUCUCUUUUCAAUGUUUCAUCUUUUUGUUUUUCAACAAAGAUAACCAUCGAUUGAUGAUAAUUCAAUCUAUUUUUAGCCUGAUUAAGGACUAACCAGGAUUUGGGAUUCUCGAAUAAAUUGGAUGUAAUUUUUAACGCAAAUUUUUGCUGCCAAGUAAAAUGAUUAAGGGAUUGGUGUACUGACCAUUCGACGCACUGCUCAUUUAAAUUAUUUAUCGUCGUCCUCAUCAAUCAUUACAUUUGCUAUUUAAAAACAAUAUCUGUAAUCAAGCUACAGAACAACAACAAGAUGAUUCAAAAUUCCAUAGCUUCUCUACAUCUAAUUUUCAUCACCAUUACCAACAUCUCAGCAUGUCCAUUUGAGAACCAUGCAAAUUGUCACUCUUUGAAGAUAUUUUCAUGGCAAACUAUAUCUUCAUCAAUCAAGCAAACGAUUAAUGGAAUGGAAAACCUUGUUACCAAUUUCCAAUAUUUUUUACCUUUCGAUGUUCCUGUUUAGUCUUCAAACAUCUUGGCCAUACGAAUUAACAAUGGUUAAUUUACAAUCUCUCAAUUAAUCCAUGCAUACAUCUGUAAAUGGUGAAAAAUCAAUGGAACCAAUGUGAUCUACUUUUUGUCAAUCUAAAUACAACCUCACUGAACCAGAAUCUCAAUAAUUCCGUUGGUCUUCUAAAUUUACUACUUAAUUUAAACGCUUAACUUGAUAAUUAUUUAUUUGUUUAUUUAUUUAUAAAAAUCUUUGAUUUGCUCAGGCAGUCAAGAAUCAAUUAUAUUCUUGUUCAAGUUAUCUUCUAGUGUGAUUUUAUCAUAAUUUGAUGAUUUCCAAGUUUUUCAUUAUCUCAAAGCCAUCGAUAUUGAAAUGAACGAGAAAAUUUGUUUACUGAAACUUGAAUCAACUGUUCAUCGUUAUGAUUCUAAAUAUGAAUUAGCUAAGCUUGAGUAAAUCAAAGUUUUCAUGUAUCUAUGUAAUUAUUUGAUUUUAUAUAAUUUUUAAAGAUUCUUAUGUUUUGUUUAUUUACUUUGUUGCUCUUUUUAUUACUUUAUUUUUCUUCUUUUACAAAACAACAUGAAAGGAAACAUUUCUAGAUUGAAAACGAUCCAGCAGAUUAACAAGAGAAUGAUUCAUCAUGAACAGUCUAAUUUCUUAAUCAUGUAAGCCAGUAGUUCAAAUCAGAAUAUCGUUUUCUCUUCCGAUUGCUGCUCAAUAACUUUCUUCAAUCCUCUUUUUUGGUAUCAUCAUGGUUUUUAUUAACAAAAGGCGAAAUAUUGUUAAUGUUUUGCUCCAGAAAAAAAUAUCUGACAAAUCAAUUUUUGAGGUUUUCAGUAAUAAAAAUUUGAAUAUUAAUAAAAUGCCGAAUUUUGACUCGAAAAUCGGGCCAAAUUUGAUUUUUAA